AUGUUCCUUACUGGGAGGUCAUCAAGGGUGAGCCUGUCCCCACACAUCAAUCCAGAUGCGCACCAUCCAGAUGCCAACGCCAGGGCAACAAAAGUCUGCAUUCUGGGCACGUGUUUGCCCCGCAUGUGUCCGGUCCAGUUCCACUGGGCCGCGGCCUUCGAUUUUCAAGAUGGCACCGUGCUCAUCGCCGAGUUGACGGCUGUCAACGGGCGAGGUGAGGCGUGGAACGAGAACAAUUACAGAAUCAGGGAUAUACGUUCCCUGGAAGGUGUGCAGGACUUUGGCGAGUUCCAAAGGAGAGAGAAGUACCGACAGUUGUGGCACCGUGAUAUCCCGCCGAUCAUGACAUCACCAGAUGAGCUGCACCGGAAGUGCUCAGAGAACCACAUGAAUGGAGAGUACUACGACCUGUUCUUUAACAACUGUCAGAAGUGGGUUGCCACAUUGCUUCGUGAUGGAUACGGCAUAGGUGAGUCAUAUCUGCCUGGCAGAUGUGGAAAGGAUUGUCAAGCUUGUCUGCUGGUGAGCGUUGUUUCCGUCAUUUUGUAUUUGCUUUUCGUCUUCGUAUAUGGAGUUUUCUCUGAGAAGCACCGGCCUGAAGAUCCUAUUGCAUUCUUGAUUUAUGUGGUCAGCUUGCCCGCUGCCAGUUGCUUAGCAUUCUGCGCCUACCACAAGUGUAGGAACCGCACAAGGCAAUGA